AUGCGUCCCACCAUAUCCUUAGCCCUGGCCGUCCUCACGGCAACAACGCGCAUCUCAGCCCUCAACCUCCUCCCACGCCAGAGCGCCUGUCCCUCAGUCUGGACCGACGUCGCCGCCUCCUUCAAAAAACGACUAACCAGCUGCGGCCAAUUCGCCCAUACCCUCAUCCGCCUCGCCUUCCACGACUGCCACUCAGGCUGCGACGGCAGCAUCCUCCUCACCAACGAAUGCUCUUACACCCAAAACCGCGGCCUCAACGACACAUGCAACACGCUCCGCAGCAUGCGCACCCAAUUCAACGUCGGCGCCGCCGACAUCAUCCAAUUCGGCGCCGCCCUCGCCAUCGCCGCCUGCCCGCUGGGGCCCCGGGUACAAGCCUUGGUGGGCCGCCCCGACAGCACCCAAGCCGCGCCUGUGGGCUCCCUCCCGCACAGCAGCGACUCGCCCGAGAAGCUGGUUGCGGAUUUCCGCGCCAUAGGCAUCUCGGCGCAGGAAAUGAUUGCGCUGCUCGGCACGCAUAGUGUCGCCGUGCAGCUGUUUGAUGACCCGAAACAGGCGGGCAAGUCGCUCGAUAGUACCCCCUCGACGUAUGACACUUUGUACUAUAAUCAGACCAAGUUUCGGACUGCGCCGUAUACGCUGCAGAGUGAUUUUGAGCUCGCGCAUUAUAAUGAGACGGCAGAUAUUUGGGACUCGUUUAUUAACUCGGCGGAUCUGUGGAAUCAAGUUUUUGUCCCCGCGUGGUUCAAGUUGUCGACUGUGGGGGUAGACACGAGUAAUUUGCAGGAUUGCUCGGAUCUUGUUCCAGCCAGCAAGACGAAACGUCGUAAGAGCGUGGAUGGAGUAGUGAGGAAGUUUAGGGGGUGA